AUUUGGUUUAUAACUACUAGUAAUGAAGGCUUUCUUUGGGUUUUAGCCUUGGGUUCAUAUUAUCAGAAACAAAGAUUAGGUUCAAAACUACCUGUAAUGGAAAGGCAAUUCAAAACUUCAGACAAUAAUUUAUCUUUAUCUGAAACAUCUGAAAUUAUUGAAGAUAUAGAAAUUAAUUUUUUAGAAAAUGAAAUAUGGACUGAGGAAGAAAUUACAAAAUUUGAAUUAUUAUAUUAUAAAACAAAAAAUAUUUUAGAAAAACAAGAUGAUGAUCCAAAAUUUGAAGAAGAAAUAAGUUUAUUACAAAAUAAUGAUUUUAAAGAAUUAUAUGAAAAAGGUUGUUGUGAAAAAAAUUGUUUACAAUCUAAUUGUGAUUAUUCAGUUGCUUUUACUUGA